AUGCCACUCCAUUCAAUUCGUUAUUCUUCGUCGGACAGCGCCAGCGCAGCGUCGCCAUACUCACCCGCGAAUUUCACCCAGCCGGUGGCCAAACCUUCCUACUCAGCCUCGUCUUCGUCCGCUCCGCCAGCGUCUUCAAGCCCCAGCCUUGAAGGCAACAAUAACACCCUUCCUGCCAGCCGCCCUCGCUACGCAUACCCUGAAGCCCAGAGGUCCCCCAUAAGCGAGAUCCCCGGGACACGGUUAACACCAUGGACCUGGGUAAAAUGGAUGUUUGGCUGGCGUCCGACACCUACCUUCAAACCGGCGCCAAUUCAUGUCAACAACAAUCCGUACCGGGCGCGCAAGCAGUGGCCGCCAGAUUUCCGCACGCUCGACCCGAAGCAUCAGUUCCAUCUGGAGAAGACAUACCGGCGUCGAGCCGCGCUGAAGUGGGCAAGACCGACAUGGAACAAGAGCAUCAAGAUUCUACAGCAGACUCUGAUCACGUUGACAUUGAUAUAUUUUAUCUUCAUCUGUGAGCCGAGUGACGGCAUGGGUACACCAUUUGAUGGGCUCCGCGCAUGGUUCUUCGACAAGCUGGGUAGACUUGGCCAGUUGCCCGAUGCUACCAAAAGCGAAGCCGACAAGUUGAGGGAAGACGCGAAGAAGAAGUUGGCUCGCGCCGACGAUAUAUCAAACUCGCCUACAGCUGAUUAA